CAUAUUCCUUCUCAAUAUUGCAACAUAUGAUCUUCUUAGUUUGUUUCAUUAGCGCCUUGUCACGCAUCCGUUAGUGUUUCCUACGCAGGAUAACAGUCUGAUCAUCUUUCUCCAACAGCUCAUAUAAUUUGCGGUUCGUUCUGCCACCUUAAUUUUCUUGUCUAUCUAAUUACGUACUGUCUUUCAUUAAUUCCUUGUUUUCCUCCAUACAUACACCACCUUUAUAGUACUUACUGCAUGGGACACUAGUUUGUAUCCAAGCUAGCCUAGCCAUUUUAUCCAUUAUUUGGCAUUGCAUUGCUGCUAGCAAAUCCUUACUUUGCUCCAUUCCUUCAUAAAAACCUUUGCCGCUUGUUUACAUCCUUGAUAUUUUUUCUUGUACUUUGUAUCCAAGAUAUUUUGUUUCCCAAAAGCCUUUUGUUUUUUUUUUGCUCUUAAAAAUCCUGUUUUUCUUAAUUAAAGAUAAUUAUUUUGCUUUUGUCAAUCCAUUUUUAUCCUACAAAUAACCUCUAUAGUCGUCUGCUUCCUUUACUUUCCUUCUUCUGCUUUCCAAAAGAAUGUCUAGCGUUUCAUUAGCAAGCUUGGAACCUCUUCAGUCUUUGCUCCAUGCACGUACCACCCUUAGCAAACCCUUCAACAGAUGGCGCAAGGUUUUUGUGACCAUCUAUUGUUCUAGAGCCUUGCUAUCAUUUUACAAAAAUUCUCUACCCCACAAGAAAAAUACAGAGGUUUCACGCCAUUCUUCUUUCUUCGUUGUGGACCUCAAACUGGACAACAAUUUCAAAAUUGAUCAAACAACUCUCAAUGAACUUGUCAAAGAGAAAAAUGUUGGAGGCCUAAAAAAUAUUGGAGGAAUUCGAGGAUUAGCAUCUAGUCUUGAGACUAAUGUUGAAGUCGGGAUUCGUGCUGAUGUUGAAGACAUUGCUUGUCGACAUAAGGCUUUUGGCUCAAACACGUACAAAAGACCACCUACAAAGAGCUUCUUCCAUUUCGUAGUGGAAGCCUUCAAGGAUCUUACCAUUUUCAUCCUCUUAGGCUGUGCUUCACUUUCCCUUGCAUUUGGUAUAAAACAGCAUGGAAUAAAAGAAGGAUGGUAUGAUGGUGGAAGCAUAUUUGUUGCUAUAUUUCUUGUCAUUGCUGUUUCGGCCAUUAGUAACUUUAAGCAAAAUAGACAAUUUGACAAGUUAUCCAAGGUCAGCAACAAUAUCCAAGUUGAUGUUGUGAGAGCUGGGCGACGUCAACAGAUUUCAGUAUUCGAAAUUGUUGUCGGAGAUGUUGUUUUCUUAAAGAUUGGAGAUCAAGUUCCUGCAGACGGGCUAUUCUUAGAUGGACAUUCAUUGCAAGUGGACGAAUCCAGCAUGACAGGGGAGAGUGACAAUGUUGAGGUAAAUUGCAGUCAUCCAUUCUUGGUUUCCGGUACAAAGGUUGCUGAUGGCUAUGCUCGAAUGCUUGUCACAUCUGUUGGCAUGAACACGACAUGGGGUGAGAUGAUGAGCUCGAUCAACCGUGACACCAACGAACAGACACCUUUACAAGCUCGACUCAACAAGCUAACUUCAUCAAUAGGUAAGGUUGGAUUGGCAGUUGCUUUCCUAGUUCUGGUAGUCUUGCUGGUUAGAUACUUCACCGGAAAUACAGAAGACGAGAAUGGAAAUAGGGAGUUCAAUGGCAGCAAGACCAAGGCCGAUGACAUAGUGAAUGCUGUGGUGGAGAUUGUAGCUGCAGCAGUUACUAUAAUUGUGGUUGCAAUUCCAGAAGGUUUGCCCCUAGCUGUCACACUAACACUUGCUUAUUCCAUGAAGAGAAUGAUGGCCGAUCAGGCAAUGGUGCGGAAGCUCUCUGCCUGUGAGACAAUGGGCUCUGCCACCACCAUUUGCACUGACAAAACAGGUACUCUCACGCUGAACCAAAUGAAGGUGACAAAGUUUUGGUUAGGGGAAGAAUCUUUUGCAACAGAUGCUCACUCAUCAAUUGCUCCACAUAUUCUUGACUUGGUCCGUGAAGGAGUUGCUCUAAACACAACCGGUAGUGUUUACAGGCCGCCUUUAGGUUCAGAAAUCGAGUUCUCAGGUAGUCCUACUGAAAAAGCAAUUCUUUCUUGGUCUGUUCUGGAGCUGAACAUGGAAAUGGAGAAAAUGAUGGAAAGUUGCACGAUUCUUUUUGUGGAAGCAUUCAAUUCCCAGAAGAAAAGAAGUGGGGUCUUGAUGAGGAGAAAGGUAGACAACACAAACCAUAUACACUGGAAAGGAGCUGCGGAGAUGAUACUGAAGAUGUGUUCAAGUUACUAUGAUGCCUCUGGGAAUAUCAAAGACAUGGAUGAUGGUAAAAUGCGGAAACUUGAGCUAAUUAUUCAAGGUAUGGCAGCUAGCAGCCUCCGGUGCAUUGCUUUUGCUCAUAAGCAAAUUUCAGAAGAAGUCAACGAAGAUGCCGAAGAACAUAAAAAGCUAAAAGAAGAUGGUUUGACCCUUCUAGGACUGGUGGGACUUAAGGAUCCAUGCCGUCCUGGGGCGAAGAAAGCCGUGGAAGAUUGCCAAAAUGCUGGUGUGAACAUCAAAAUGAUCACAGGAGACAAUGUUUUCACGGCAAAAGCUAUAGCCACAGAAUGUGGGAUUCUAAGGCCUGGACAGGACAUGUUCAGCGGAGCAGUAGUAGAAGGAGUGGAAUUCAGAAACUACACACCAGAGGAGAGACUGGAGAAAGUCGAAAAGAUUUGUGUGAUGGCAAGAUCCUCUCCUUUCGACAAACUUCUUAUGGUAGAAUGCUUGAAACAAAAAGGCCAUGUGGUUGCAGUUACUGGAGACGGCACAAAUGAUGCACCAGCAUUAAAAGAAGCAAAUAUAGGACUUUCAAUGGGGAUCCAAGGCACUGAGGUUGCCAAGGAGAGCUCAGACAUCGUCAUUCUAGAUGAUAAUUUUGCUUCUGUGGCCACAGUUCUCAAGUGGGGAAGGUGUGUCUAUAACAACAUCCAGAAGUUCAUCCAAUUCCAACUCACUGUAAACGUUGCUGCUCUUGUUAUCAACUUUGUAGCAGCAGUUUCUGCAGGUGAAGUCCCAUUAACAGCAGUGCAAUUAUUGUGGGUGAAUCUGAUUAUGGACACGUUGGGUGCCCUGGCCCUUGCAACAGAGAAGCCCACCAAGGAGCUGAUGGAGAAACCACCUGUGGGCUGGACUGAGCCACUUAUUACCAACAUUAUGUGGAGAAACUUGUUGGCCCAAGCUUUAUAUCAGAUAAUCAUCCUCUUGAUCUUGCAGUUUAGAGGUGAAUCAAUCUUUGGGGUGACUGAGAAGGUAAAUGACACCUUGAUUUUUAAUACUUUUGUUCUUUGCCAAGUCUUCAAUGAAUUCAAUGCAAGAAAACUCGAGAAGAAGAAUGUGUUCAAGGGGAUACACAGGAACAGGUUGUUCUUGGGGAUCAUUGCGAUAACCAUAGUCCUUCAGGUGGUCAUGGUGGAGUUUUUAAAGAAAUUUGCAGAUACAGAAAGGUUGAAUUGGGUGCAAUGGGGUGCAUGCAUUGGAGUUGCAGCAGUUUCUUGGCCCAUUGGUUGGAUUGUCAAGUGGAUACCUGUUCCAGAGAGACCAUUUUUCAGCUACCUAAAGAUGAAAAAGAAACAAGGACUUCCACUCAAGUUUUCCUGUCUUUUUUAAGACAAGCCCAUGGUUGAACCCACUUCUGCAGUAGAAUUAGUAGUGUAUCUCUGAUUAUACUUUUAGUAUUGUAUUUGUA